AUGGCCCGGAAGACCGAUUGGCGCCUGCCUGUGGGCUGCGUGAAGUACAACAUUGGUUCCUUCCUUGCAGUUUUACUGUUGGGCUUGCUCGGCUUCUGGCGCAAUCCUGUUGCGUGGACUGAUUGUCCAGGGCUCGACGAGAGAUCAUCCUUCCGGCUUCGCCGUGGCGUCAACGAAGCCCUGAAGCAGUGGAGCUUAUCCCAGGCCAAAGAAGCGGAUGCUGGGAAGGGGCCGGGCGAGGAUGCUCAGGGCAGCGAGGAAGACUCAGCAGAGGACAUCCCAAAGCAGGACCCUGCCGAGGACUUGCCAGGGGCUGGCAUGCCCGAGAACGCUGCGAAGGGUGCGGGCCAGGAAGAGAGCAAUCUCGAAACCCCUCCUGCCCCGCUGGAGGAUAGCACCGCUCCUGCAGGAGCCCCACAGGCCCAAGGCAAUUUCAAGUGGGUGUUCUGUGCCGGACAGUGGCAGGAUUGCACCUGUGAUGGAAUCGUGCGGUGGGGAAACGACGACAAGUGGCUUCAUAUCAAGCCGAAAGCUGCCGGCGAGCUGCUCACCGUAAAGUGCAACAUCCAGGUGCUGCAGGACAUCCUUCCCGGGGACGAUGGCAAGCAUUGCGAAUGCCAGGUCACACCGGGAACGCCCUUCUACCAAGGACUGAAUCCCAUGUGGUUGCUCCCCGAUGAAGCUGAUGCUGAGGGCGCUUCGCUGGUGUCUUCUUGCGAGCUUUUCGAAGAAUCAAAGGACCACAGCGCAUGGGGUCGCAACCAAUGGCAAGCCGUCGAAGCGUUCUGUUCGGACGAAUGGACAGAGACGGCAGAGUCACGAGCAGGUGACAGGCAGAUGAGCCUGGACGUGAUGCGCAAGUUGAUGCGGGCCCGAGUUGACCCUCGCUUCAAAGAAGUUUACAAAGCUCAUUUUGGCCAGUCUGGUGAAAUGCAGGGCUGGAUACCACAAGCUUACGUCAACUACUUCGCCAGCACCCCAUCUGGGAAGCACGCCAAGAUGACGGAGGAGCUUGUGCGAUCCGUGCACCGCUUCUCCACGAAGGUCAUCGUUGUGGUCAACUUCGGUAUGACAACGUCAGCUAAGCUGACUCCGAGCCGCUACCCGCGUCUGGUCUUGCUGCAUGCUGAUCCGAUGGAUUCUUCCUUGAGAAGGAGCUUCAACUUCAACAAGCUUCGUGCUUUUCUUUUCGCAAGGGCUUUGGCAGGGGUUGGCUUGGAUUCCGACCAGUUUGUCGCACCCGGCGUGGAUCGGCUUUUCGAGAUGGCUGAGCGAGAGAUCACAGCUGAUUAUCCGCUCCCAAUCAUGCCAGUUCAUUUCCUAGAUCGAGGUCCGAAGGACUUAGGCAUCUGGUGGAGCCGGUAUUGCGCGGAUGCUGCAUGCAGUCGCCAAACGCUGCGCUGGGGUCACGCACAUCCUUCUUGGACCCAUUGGGCCCUGCCGUUCAUCGGGAAGUGGCUUCGAAAGAAUUUCCGAGAUGAGACAUUGCCCAAGAUAACGGGAAAGCUACAAGCGCCGUCCUUGCGAGUUGUCGAGAUUCCAGAGGAUGAGGACUUGCUCAAUGUGGCUUUGUGGGAAGAGAAGGCCACCAAGCAGUGGUGCAAGUUUGACAUCACGGACCCAACUGAGUUCCAGCCCCUGUUCGAUUGGAAAGCCAAGAAUGGCAACAAGUGCACGGGCUGUGCAAACAUCAUGGCCGACCGGCGCUUCUACAAACAUGGCGGUGCCGCCAAACUGUUCUACACUGCUCACCAUGCCGUUGUCCCAUCGGAGACGCGUAAGCAAGUUGAUCAAAUCGAGGGCAAGCUGAAGGAAGGCAACUGGCCCCUUUCCACGAUAGUUUUCAACCAGAGACUUUGGACAUCCGAUGAGCUGCGCAAAGCACAUCCGCAGCUUGAGUGUUUGGUUUGA